AUGAGUAGGAAUGUAUUCGGAAGAGCCACAAGCUCGCCCACAGCGAGGAGCCCGGCGAUAGAAAUGAGCAUGGCGUCACCAGCACCACCCUUUCCGAUAAGGCAGAUGCUCGUACUAGCAAUAUGUCGAAUCUGCGAGCCAAUCGCAUUCAUGGGCAUAUUCCCAUACAUCUACUUCAUGAUCAAGGAUUUUCACAUCACUGAGGAUGAGAACAAGAUAUCCUUCUACGCCGGCAUGGUCACGUCCGCCUUCACAUUCGCCGAGUUCUCCACGGGAUUUCUAUGGGGACGCCUCAGUGACAAAAUUGGUCGCAAGCCGGUGUUGCUGACCGGUCUCAUUGGCACUGCCAUCAGUGUUGUGAUCUUCGGCUUCGCUCAGAACCUCUGGGUGGCACUCGCCGCACGUGCGGUUGGCGGCUUACUGAAUGGAAACAUGGGAGUUCUUCAGUCUACCGUCGCGGAACUGGUCACUGUUAAGGAACACCAACCUCGAGCUUACACUAUCAUGCCCGUGGUAUGGUGUCUCGGGUCGAUCGUAGGACCCAUGAUUGGUGGAGCUCUCGCCAGGCCCUGCGUCAGCUACCCCAGUGUAUUUCGUCCUGGGACAAUUUGGGAGACGUACCCGUACCUCCUGCCUAACCUGUUCAGCGCGUUUGUUGUCUUGGUGGGCGUCGUGAACGGGCUACUAUUCCUCGAAGAGACCCAUUCCGAGAAAAAGCAUUGCCGCGACCGCGGAGUAGAACUUGGAAACUGGCUCCUGUCCAAGAUGCCUUCUUUUGGAAAGCCCGUGGAACCCCUCGACCGAAAAAGGGACCUUGCCGAGAUGUCUGAGGUGCAGCCACUUCUCCCCCACGGUCCCGACGAGCAACUCCCGGGAUACCGCUCGAGGGAUCAGUCUCCGGAAGCCGCUCCACGUAUAUCCAUGACUUUGGAUGAAGCCGCGAGGUUUUCGUCCGACGAAUCUCCCAGAAUCUUCACGAAACCCGUUGUCCUCAACAUCAUGGCGUUUGGAAUACUUGCCUUCCACACCAUGGUAUUCGACCAGCUAUUUCCGGUGUUCCUCGCUACCGACUCCCGUGAACACCGGGGCAUCUCGCUGCCGUUCAAAUUCGUGGACGGUUUCGGCCUCGACACCAAGACCAUCGGCAUCAUUCUGAGUGCUCAGGGCAUCUAUUCGCUCCUUAUUAACAUGUUCCUGGUUCCCAUGGUCAUCAAGCGCUUUGGGCCACUGCGCCUAUUCCGGUUCCUGGCGGUGGCCUACUUUGCACUUUACCUGGUAACGCCGUACGUUGUGCUUCUGCCGCACAACUUCCAAAUGGUCGGGGUUUGCUUCUUGCUUAUCUGGAAAUGCACCUUUGCCAAUAUGGCGUACCCCAGCAACGCGAUCCUCACGGCGAACUCGGCUCCCAGCCAGCAUGCCCUGGGCACCAUCAACGGAGUCGCCGCGUCCACGGCAAGCCUGUGUCGUGGUUUUGGGCCGACCAUCUCGGGCAUGCUCUUCGCCGUAGGACUCGACUCUGGCUAUUCAGGACUCGCCUGGUGGUGCAGUGCUCUGGUGGCUAUGGGCGGAGCGGCCGUCGUGCUUCGCAUACCAGAACCUCGUCCCAUGAGCGAGAAGACCCGAGACGACGAGGAAGCUGCGCCGUAG